AUGGCUGACAAAAGACCUUCUGACGCAGAAUUAACGCAAAAGUAUAAUCAAUAUAAAAACGAGCUUCAGCAAUUAGCACAAAAGAUUGGUGAAUUAGAGUCAGAAGUUGAAGAACACAAACUUGUUAUCGAUAGCAUUUCACCACUUGAGCCCGAUCGUAAAUGUUUUCGUAUGGUAGGAGGCGUAUUAGUUGAACGAACAGUUAGAGAAGUUUUACCAGCCUUAGAAACCAAUUUCAAUGGAAUCAAACAAGUGAUAGAAUCUUUAUUGCAGUCAUAUAAGAGAAAGGAAGAAGAAUUCGUCGAAUUCCAAAAGAAGUACAAUAUUCAAGUUGUAUCAAAGCAAUAA